AUGGGUAUUACAGCUCCAAAAGCCACAGCGAAGACCCAGGCCUCUGUAGUAACGGAGGUUCUAGCCAACGGAGCUCACGGCCUCAACACACCAUGGGAUGAAAAAGGAAACACCAUUACUACACAAUACACCGGCGGCACAUGUGAGGGACGGGAGGAGGAGCCCCACGCAGGCCAGGCCAAUAGCAGGGUAACAGCUGGCUCCGAAUCGCCGCUUGCUCCCCAGCUUUCGGGGCUGCUGGAGCCCGGGGCCGGCCGGGCGGAGCUGGUAGGCCAGGACGGAGCCCUGGGGAGGCUGGCGCGGAGCUCAGGCCCCGGCCGCGGCCUGCGCAAGGUCAGCGGGGUGCGUGCGGCUGUGCGAGGGGACCCGGCCCGGCCCCCGAGCCACGGCCCGGCCCCGCGGCCCGCUGCGGCCUCAAGGCCCGAGCCGCGGCGCUGGGCCCCGCUAGGCCCGGCCAGGCCAGGCCUCAGCCCCGGCCCCUCCAGGCGCUGCCCUGCCCUGCCCGGCCGCAGCGGGCCCGGCCGUGCUGCAGAGGCCGCGCGAAGCCCAGCGCCCCCGGCCCCCCUCGCCCGCGCCCCGCCGGCGGUGACUCACCCCGCUCCGCUCCGCGCCGCGCCGCCCGCCGACGAAGGGCCGCGGAGGCCGCGCCGAAAGGGAAGACAGGGCUCGCGGGAGCGCGCACCGGCUUCCCCCGGCCCCGCUGCCCGCGCCCCCGCUCCCGGCUCCGGCUCCUCCGCCUGGCGCCGCCGGCCGCGUGCCCGCUCCCCCCGUAGGCGCGCCCCCACCGGGCCCGCCGCUCACGUGACCGCGCUGUUUACCGGGAGGCGGGCGCGGCGCCGCGCAGGCGCCCGGCCCGUCAGGGCCCCGCCGCUCGGUGUGCUGGGUCCCGGCCCCCGCCCUCAGCACCCCCGGCGGGGCUGGGGCCGAGGCAACGGGGCACGGCCCGGUGGUGGCCCGCGAAGAGCUACGGGUCUCCGUUGGGUGUCGGACGGGGCGAGCCGGGCGCGCCGCCUGUGGGGUGGUGGUGGUCAGGGGUGCUCGGAUCUUGGUGGUCCUGGUUCCUCAGAUCACAGAAUCAUCUAG